UUCAUUUUGUAUUCUUUUUAGGCUGUGGCUUUACAUCUUGAUCAUGUCCUUAAUAGUCUUCCUUCCUUGAUAAAUUUCCUUCCUGAUGUCGCAGGUUCAGAGUUGUUUUACUAUUUUAUGGAUAUGUCCUGCAAUAGUACUCCCACAAGGAAUGCCAUGAAAGAGCACCAGCAAACAAAUGACAUGUCUCAAACCCUAUCCAUGUUUAGGAAAUAUCUUUUCUGCAAACCUCAAAAUAACACGGGCAAAACAAACAUGGAAGAAUCAGAAGUUUUUAUCAGGAGAAAACAUUCAGGAGGCCCUCUACUACCACCUAAGUUUGGUAGCCAUAUUCCCCGGCACGCUUCUUUCCUUGAACAAAAGUUGCUUCCUGGAAUUAGGAGUCAUCCGAUGCAAUCUCAAAGUAAUGGAAAAUCCUCAUCAACAGCACAACUCACAAUAUUCUAUGCAGGAGAAGUCAAUGUUUAUGACAAUAUUCCUGCUGAUAAGGCACAAGCCAUUAUGCUGCUUGCUGGUGAAAGCUGUGUGUCAAAACCAAUGGCCACAGAAAAGCCAAAAGCAGAAGUGAAGAAACCAACGGAUUCAACAUCAGCUUGCAAGUUACAAACAGACCUCCCAAUUGCAAGGAAGCUGUCACUGCAACAUUUUCUUGAAAAACGGCGCCGCAGGAGAACAGUUCGUAGCUUCUGGGGUUGGGGUUUUCUGGACAUCAUUUAUGCUGAUUGGAGGAAUUGGUUGCUGGUCCAAUGGUCAAGAUGUGAUUUGAUGCAUUUAGUAGGCCUCGUUUGUCUUUCUCCGCCGCCCUUGUUGGUGGAGAAGCCAGUGGUGGUGAUGGAAGUCUCUAAAAGAAAGAGGCAGGAACAAAUUUGUAAUUUGAUGAAUUUCGUAGGCCGAUGGGUUAGGGUUUCUUUAGAUAUUUAUUGGUAA